UUUGGGUGGUAAUUAAACUCCUGUUAGUAUCCACGGAGCGAGCGCCUGUUCCAAUGGAGGAGCAUCUGCAGCUGACGGGUUGCCUUCGGAACACUUUCCCGGAAUAAUAGUAGAUGAUUCCUGAGAGAAUAAAUCGUUUUCAUUUGACCUCCUCUCUCCUGGUGUAAGGAUCUACUUUUUGAAAGGAAUAGUUUUACUUCCACCUCUUCGCAGCAGCGGCGUUAUUGCACCGAUACCCACUGAUGUCCGCGCGGUAGCAGCAACAACCGCAGCUUCCCCAAACAACCCAUCGCGUACCACUUGCCAAUGCAAACCAAGUGUAAGUGGGGAGAAGCGCUCCGUGGGUCCCCCUCCUCCAUGGCCUCUGUUCCCUCCAUCCCAUCCCUCCUUCCCCUCCUCUCCCUCCUCCUCUUCUCCAUUCCUCCAGUGGCUUCUAUCCGACCCCAAUGGCCCCUGCAGCGCGUCCCUGUGGUCUUACCCCAGGUGACAGAGGACCGCCCCGCCCCCCACUUCCAGGCGGAUGCCCGAUUGGACGUCACCUCCCCAUGUGACCCGGAAUGCCACAAGAAGGCUCCUCCCCCCAGCUACUGGGACCUGCGUAGCAUCCUGUCAUACGAGACGCUCCAUAGCAAUGGUCGCCUCACCGAAACCGCCGUGGGGAUCUACGGGUACACUGCCCGCCCCCAGACCACGCCAGCACCCCAUUCCCGAAGCAAACGCCAGAUCUUUGGCCAUGACGGACGUUUCAGCAUCAUAGGGCAAGACUUCCUGUUGAACUACCCGUUCUCGGCGGCAGUCAAGCUGUCUACCGGGUGUUCCGGAACGCUGGUGGGCGACCGGCACGUUUUGACCGCCGCCCACUGCAUCCACGAUGGGAAGAACUACGUGAAAGGGGCACAGAAGCUCCGGGUGGGUUUCCUGAAGCCAAAGCAGCGUGACUCUCCCAAUCCCGCCUCUGCCACCAAUGCAUCCAACGCCCAUCCGUCACCCCCAAAUAAAAUGAAGUUCCAGUGGAUUCGUGCCAAGCGCACCCAUGUGCCCAAAGGCUGGAUCAAGGGCAACGGCAAUGACAUUGGAAUGGACUACGACUACGCCUUGUUAGAGCUCAAGAAGGCCCACAAGAGACGCCACAUGAAGCUGGGCGUCUCCCCGCCGGCCAAGCAACUGCCCGGGCGCCGGGUCCAGUUCUCCGGCUACGACAACGACCGGCCGGGCCAGCUGGUCUACCGGUUCUGCCGGGCUGGAGAGGAGACGUCGGACCUACUCUACCAGCACUGUGAUGCCCAGCCCGGGGCCAGCGGCUCGGGGGUCUACGCCCGUAUGUGGGACCGGAGGAGGCGGCGCUGGGAGAGGAAGGUGAUCGGGGUGUUCUCAGGGCACCAGUGGGUGGAUCGAGACGGGGCGUCACAGGAGUUUAACGUGGCGGUGAGGGUGACGCCGCUGAAAUAUGCCCAGAUCUGCUACUGGAUCAAAGGAAACUACGUAGACUGCCGAGAAGGAUGAGGAAGAGGUGGAGUUGACCGAUGGACAUUGACAUGUUAUGCACAUACUGUACACACACACACACACACAAACGAAAAGGAUUGAUGGAGGAGAAAGUGAAGUGGGUCUUUACUUCCCUUGCUGAGGAAGAGGAAGUGAAGUUGACCAAUGGAAAUGUCAUUCAUGCACAUGCAGUACAUACUUCAUCAUGUAUUAAUAUUGUUUCAUUAUUAACACAUCCAUCGUUCUGCAUGCAGAGACAUCCUCCAACACACAACUGUAACCACUCAGAUUUACAUCCAGGAAGUCAUACUGUCAUACUGUACAUACAUACAACCUCACUAACCCUUUCAACCAUACAUUAAAUAAAAUGUAAUAAUGUAUUUGUGCCGACUUGCUGCAUUAUCAACACUGUGCUUUGAAACAUAACUGAAAAGGUUCUUAUGACUGAGCUUAAGGAGAUGGCUUUGACCAAGACUCCCUGGACCGACAUGUUAUGAUGGUUAAGAGAACAUUUAAUGCACUGAAAGAAAGGAUGAAAUAAAAGCAGGAAGAAGGUGUGUAAGAGAUGGUGGAGAGCCGGGGAGACAGACACAUGGUUUCACUGCUAAUUCUAUAGAUUGUAAGAGCUCUGUUGGGACAUCUCCUGUUUUUGCCAAUGAAUGCAACCCUGUCAUCAACCAAAGGUGCUAUCCUGCUCUUCAAAGUACUACAAAGUACUGUCACAGUACAAAUUGUUGGUGUUUCAAAUGGCCCCGAGUAAAACAUCCAUAGCUCCAUAGCUCCCUCUGCUGAGUCAAAGACAAUACUACAGGCCACUGAUGCAUCGCACCGGAGGGUUGACUCAUCGUUGCCUCUGCCAUACGGAUCCUCAUCUACUCAAGAUAUGCACUUUGUCAAACUUUAUGGUUGAGCUAUUUUUGUGUUUUAAAAACAAUUGUUCUGCAAUAUAUAUCAACUUUAUAAUGCUUUGGAAUAAAAUGCAUAAUGCUGUUUUGCAAA